AUGAAGAACUUUCCCUACUACACUAAAAACCAACCUCAACUUUGUAGUUUUUUACCACACAUCUUCAACUUCCUUGGACCCUUGACUCGUUUUGUAGCCUUCCAAUUCCACCCCUUCCUUAUUCAACUUUGUUAUUUUGUGAUUCUUUCCCUUUUUGGUUACCUGGGUCUUAAGCUCUCAAAGCCAAGAACCCCUGUUAGGCCCAAUGACUUCGACCUGUUUUACACCUCUGUUUCUGCUUCCACUGUUUCAAGCAUGGUAGCCGUAGAAAUGGAGGUUUUCUCCAACUCCCAACUGAUUCUCCUCACCAUUCUCAUGUUAGUUGGUGGGGAAGUCUUUACUUCCAUGCUAGGCCUUGUGUUAACUAGGUAUACAUUUACCCAAAAUAUUCAUCAUGACAAAAACGAAGUUUGCACUAGUACCUUUUCAUCGACAAAGGAGUCCACAAAUAAUGCCACCAAUCAAAUUGAGCUUGGUUUAGUUUCUAUUCCUCAGUUAGAAUCAGAAAACCACCUGCAUAGUGAUAUAGACAGGCUUAAGUAUAACUCUCUUAGGUAUCUAAUACAUGUAGUUUUAGGUUACCUGAUGGUGGUCCAAUUUGUUGGUACUAGUUUGGUCUCUUUGUACCUAAUUUUCAUAGCGAGUGCGAGAGAAGUGCUGAGAAGCAAAGGCAUUAAAAUACUAACAUUUAGUUUGUUUACCGUAGUGUCUACUUUUGCUAGUUGUGGCUUUGUGCCCACCAAUGAGAACAUGAUAGUUUUCAAGAAGAAUUCGGGGAUUCUACUCCUUAUUCUGCCACACAUAUUUCUUGGUAACACCCUUUAUGCACCGUGUUUGAGGCUUGUGAUAAUGGUUCUGAAAAAGGUUACCAAAAGAGAGGAAUUCUCGUACUUGUUGGACAAUUUUAAGGACAUGGGCUAUGAUCACUUGUUGUCUGGUCUUCAUUGUUGCCUCCUAGUUGCUACUGUGUUGGGUUUUAAUCUGAUACAAUUAGUGAUGUUGUGCUGCAUGGAGUGGAACACCAAGAAUAUGGAGGGUCUAAGUCUCUAUGAGAAACUGGUUGCGUCUUUGUUUCAAGUAUCAAAUGCAAGACAUGCUGGUGAAUCGGUUUUUGAUCUCUCCGCCAUCUCUUCAGCCAUAUUGGUGCUCUUCGUUGUCAUGAUGUACCUCCCACCAUACACUACAUUUUUACCUGUAAGGGACCACAAAAAUGAUGUCAAGAGAGACCAAAAAAGUCUAGUGGAGUGUCUUGUAUUCUCUCAACUCUCUUACUUGGUUAUUUUCAUUAUUCUGAUUUGCAUCACUGAGAGCAAAAGCUUAAAAGAGGAUCCCCUCAACUUUAAUGUGUUGAACAUCACCCUAGAAGUUAUCAGUGCGUAUGGGAACGUAGGGUUCUCAACGGGAUACAGCUGCGCAAGGCAAUUGAAACCCGAAGCUAUGUGCAAGGAUUCAUGGGUUGGAUUUUCCGGUAGGUGGAGUUCUGAAGGCAAGUUCAUCCUUAUCUUGGUCAUGUUCUUUGGGAGGCUCAAGAACUUCAACAUGAAAGGUGGCAAAGCGUGGCACCUCUCCUAG